AUGCAUUGCCAGCAUAGACAUAUUGAACAUAAGUAUUUAAUAUUUACUGUAUUGCAAAGUAGUCAAACAAUUUUUGCACCUCUACUCAUCCAGUUGCGCCUCCUGAUGAUCAAGAAGGGAACACGUGAUCCUCUGUAUCUAACCAUGGCCUGUGAGGAACUACGAACGAGUUCGGUCUUUGAGAAGCUGUCUGAUGACAUACAGAAGUUGCCAGCAACCCUUCCAAUUCUUAUUCAGAAGAGACUUGAAAUGUUGGAAGAAGAACAUGGCGCUAAUAAUGUUAGCAUUGCUCUGACAGCCAUCCUCAUCUCCCGAAAAGGACUUUGGGAGAGGGAUCUGCUAAGGAUUCUGAGCUCUAUGCAGCAAAUAAGUUCUGUGUACACAGCAAGUUGGGAUGAAAUGCUAAGAGCAGCCGUUAAUGCAAACAAUCUUCCUAUGGCAACAUUUGCUCUGCUUCUCACAGGGCUGAAAAGUGUUCUUGGGUUUUGGAGUCGUAACAUGACUAAUGAGCCAAGGCUGCAUAUCUCUAGUUGUCUGUUGCGGGAAGCUGUUGAGAAGCGAUACUUUGGAAAAUCUGAUAUUGUCCACACUGUACAUCUUCUUAUAGCUGCUCACUUCUGGACAGUCGCUUCUCCUGAAGACCCUGAAUCUUCCCCUGCACUUCAUGCUGAAUGUUUGAGUGAGCUGUCCCAUCAUCUGCUGUGUGGCAUGCAGUUCCAUACUUUGGGUAAGCUCCUCGUAUGUAUUCCUUUCCUGAAGGCACAUGCCACCUUAGGACUCUUGCCUCACCUGUGCCAAGUAUACAGUAGCUAUGAAACUGCCAUAUUAAAGAAGACUUCCUCGCUCUCAGCUGCUCAAGAAGAGAUGGAAACUAAUGCAAUUUCAGAGCCACCUGUGAGGGAAUUCAAGACGUUUAUUGAGCGAUCCUUGCAUAUUCUUACCCAGAAUCCUUCACUGUUUUAUCAGUUGGCUUUGAACGAGCCUGAUACAUCACCAGUGUGCAUUCAGGCCCAAGAGAUUUUGGCUGACUUCAAGAGUGCUGAAUCUGAACUCAUCACAGCAUGGAUCAAUAAACCCAACUCCACCAAUGUCUGUUCCAGUAAAUCAUUGGAUGUUCUUUCUACUCCGAGUUGUGUUGGCCUGAGUUCAAAGGGAGACAUGGCAGUGCUGGGCACCAGUAAUGGUUCACUGCACAUUCUAUAUACAAAUAGUGGCGAGGAAGUCAGAACACUGUACAGUGGUUGUGAUGGAGUAUCUACUUGUACAUUCAUUUCUGACACAAUACUCUGUGUUGGCUCCUAUGAUGGAAUAAUGGAGAUCUGGAAUAUAACAGAUGGAAGUCGUUUACACAGAAUUGAAGCACACAGGCGACAGGUCACAGGAUGCUGUGUCAGUGCAGAUCAUAAACAGCUUAUCACCUGCUCUCUAGACUGUCAGCUGAAGUCAUGGGAUAUCAGCCGCUGUUCUUUGUUAAGUUCUACCUCAUUCUCCAGUCCCCUUAAUUGUGUUGCGUUUCACCCCAGAGGUCAUGUAGUAGCAGUUGGCUCCUGGGAUGGGAAAAUAUCUGUGGUGCGACUGGAAAACUGGAAAAGAAGUGCAGUUAUGUGCGGUUUCUCUUCAGUAAGAACGGUGUCCUUCUCCAUGGAAGGCAGUGUCGUGGUGUCUGGUUGCCUCAAUGGUUGGGUGUCACUUUGGUCAUGGGAAGCACAAGUUGAAUUGUCUAGCUUUAGAGCUCACAGUGGCUCAGCUCUGACUGCUAACUUUUUGCAUCAUGGGGAAUACAUUCUAACUGGAGGAGAGGAUGGCAAGGUACAGGUAUCAUCUGGAGGUCUUGGAAGAUUUCAUGGACCUGCCUGUGUAAAUAGUGCACAGUCUCCAGUGCUUUCUUUAGCCCUGUCCCCCAACAGAGAGCUGCUGGCUGUUGGAUAUCAUUCUGACUCUGUUGGUAUCUGCAGUGUGGCUACUGGAGAUCUUUUGACACAGUGUAAGUUUUCAGAUGUGGCUGUGAACAGCCUAGUGUGGCUUUCUAACAGCAUUUUAGUGAGUGGCAGCUCGGACAGCUUGGUUUGUGUGUGGAAUGUCUUCCCAGGGCCGGGUGCCUGUCAGCUCACACUCAGUGGACACCAGCGCUCUGUUUUGGGCCUGGCUCUCUCCUCCAAGCUUCUGGCUUCGGCAUCAGAGGAUGCUUCAGUCUGUCUCUGGUCAGUGGAAAGUCUCUUGGCAUCUGAUCCCACAGUCUGUCCUGUGUCUGUUCUUCAUGGUCACACUGCAGCAGUCACAUGCUGUUCUUUCAGCCCAGAUGGGAAACUGCUGGCUACUGGGGGGCAAGAUCGGUCUGUGCUUUGUUGGGAUGUGUCCGUGAACCCACCUAUCCUUUCAUGCUCACUUCUAUCAUGUCACAAGGACUGGGUGACUGGCUGUUCCUGGCCAGACAGUGGUAUGCUGAUCUCUGGUUCUGGAGAUGGAUCUUUGUGUCUGUGGGACAUUCAGCAGGAAAAGCAGCUCCUAACCUUUGCUGGACACCAGAGUGCAGUCAGUAGUGUUUCUUGCAUGGGGGAACGUGUUAUCUCCACCGGUAGAGAUGGCUACUUAAAAGUAUGGAGUCUUACUGGCCUUGAGAUUGCAAAUAUUCGUACUGACCAUAACCAGAUAACUCAGAGUGCAGCCUACUGGGAGCCAGAAGAUAGUCGUGCUGAUGCUGAUAUCGUGGUUUAUACAGCGGGGUCUGAUGGCACAGUUUUAAAAUGGAGUCCUCUACAGAUGGAGCAAAUACAGACAUUGUAUGGUCAUGGAGGUGCUGUGAUGACAUCUGCAACAAAUCCCAGACACGAGGUUUCAGUUACCGCUGCCCAUGAUGGCUCAGUUCGGCUUUGGGGAGUUCCAUGCAGAGAUGAGGGUCUUAAAGGAAUCCGCCACAAGGGUGCAGUGUCUGCCAUUGCAUGGUCUCCAGAUGGGGAGCUGGUGGUAUCUGGUGGAGAGUUUGGAGAUCUGAUAGUAUGGAAACAACAGAAAGCUGUUCUCAAGCUGCAGAGUGGAGAGCUUUGUAUUUCCUCAGUUGUAUUUACUACACAACGUUCAUUCUGCAUUGUCUCCAAUGAUCUGACCAUUUCCCGUUGGCUCCUGUUUCCUUGUAAGGGAGGUGGCUUAAGAGCAAAGAAGGCUUACAGUGUGGAGAUUGAGUCCCUGGUACUGUCUGCAAUCCCUACUGCAUCACAAAAGUUGCAGCUCCACACAUUGUCAGGGAAAGUGUUCCUCAUGGAACCCAAAACUGGAGCAAUGCAGGAUAUCAAUGUUGUUCAUGCCUUAUUGCCAGAUCCCAAUUUUAAGCCUCCAAAUGAAGAGCUAAAUCCUGGUUGUAUUAUUACCGCAUCCCAGAGAGAUUUUGGUGUGUCUGACUCUACUGGAACCUUGUGGCUUCAAUUACGACAAAAGUCAAGUCAAAGAUCUUCUGUAAAAUGGGAGCAAAAAAAGAUCCAUUCAGCUUCUAUUUCCUGUUUGAACGUUAUGAAUGAUUUGGUGAUGACAGCAUCCACCGAUCGCAGUGUCAAGAUCUGGAGAUGUAAUCCCUUCAGACAAGUGGGAAUAUUCAAUUGUGAAGGAUCGGUCACCUGUCUAUCCCCUUGUCCUCUGGCUCAACAUGAUACUCCAUCAGUGGCAUGUCGCAUUGCCUGUGGGGAUCAGUAUGGAAAUGUGUACAUACUGACUUCUCUGCAAAUUUAG